AUGACCUCAGUGCCGGGUGUGAACAAUGCUGAGCAACGCAUACUUGCAAGUUUGGCGUUGGCUGGGCAGGGUGCGCUGUUACUCGCAACACUGCAGCAGGACCUCGGGCUUCACCACCGCACAAUGGCUGCAGCGUUGCGGGGCUUGAUGGAAGGCGGGCGGGUGGUUCUGCGCCAUGGGAACCGCGAGGGUGAUAUGUACGUUGCACUCGUGAACAGCAUGCCAGAGGGGCCCUCACUGGUACUUGACGCCAUACGUGCCAGUGGGAACAGCGGCAUUGACCAGGCUGCGCUCUGUAGUUCCCUGCGCUUGCCUAAGGGGGAGAUUAUUAAAUCGUUGCAGAUGCUGCUAUCACAGAAGCGUAUUAAGGAGCGUCGCUGCUUUUCCAACCGUGCAAAACGCAUCUACCUCCUAUUCGAGUUUGAGCCAAGUGACGAAGUGACUGGCGGGACAUUCUAUGGCGGAGAAGACUCCCGUGAAAUGGACAUAGGUUUUGUGGACGAAAUGCGGCGGCGCAUUAUGUUACUUGUGGCUCAGCGGCAUUCCGUCUCCUUGGAACAGAUUACGCAGCAUUUGCAGGAGGCGCGCGGCGGCAGCUCUUCUGCUGAUGUGAAUGCCACAGCAGGGGGUACGGUCGUGAUGACAACAUCUCCCAACGGCACGGUGGCAACGUUACUGGGCGACAGUACUGGAAGUUGUAGUGGGGGGGGAAGUGUGGGGGCGGGCUGUGUUAAACGAAUUUCUCAGCGCGAUGCGCAGUUGCUCGUGCAGACGUUAGUACUUGAUGGUUUACUCGAUUGCGUAACGCCCUCACCUGCCGUUCCCGCGCAGUACCAAUUGGCCACGGGUCGGAAUGUAAUGAGGCACUUUUCGGCCGUGCCCACCGCUGCCGGCGCCGGCUCCGGGACGAAGUGGGUGCCGGCGCCCGUUUCACAGCCGAGUGCGUGGGCGAUGCCGGCUGUCGGUCUUCCUUGCAUGGGUUGUGCGCAGCUUCAUGUUUGUACGGCAAGUGGCAACGGUGUGGUAAACCCACGCAACUGCGCCUACCUCAAGGAGUGGAUGUCGUGA